AUGGAGGUUAUGGAGACCUCUGAGGCAAACGCGCCUCUUCAGGAGCCGCUUGCCACGGGUUCGGCAACAUCCCAGCCUGCCGCCAGCGCCGCAACACGCGGCAAGGCGAUCGCUGCGGUGUCGCCUUCGCAGCUGAAACAAGAAGGCGAGGAAGGAGAACUGGACGGUGCAAGCGUAUCUUCCCCUGGCUCACCCGAUGCGACGUCUGGCGCACAUUCUGCAUCCGCCGUAGCUGCUGCGGCCGCUGUCUCUUCCGCAGAGCAACUUCGCGAGUUGGAUUGGCACAAAAUUCCUCGGGAAAGCCCCACGGUCAACCUGGUAGCACCGUUAUUCAAUGACCUGCUCGGACAAUGCGGCAGCGCUCCACACACGCCUACUCUGGAUCAACAGCGGAUGGCCACUAGCAGCGCGCGGACGUCGUCAGCAGGAGCGCGUACCGUCUUCGUGCAAUCGCUCGAGCCCCACGGUGGCCUCGCUGCACCUGCAUCUUUUGUGGCGGGCGAGGGAAUGCCGCAGACUGCAUACUCGGAAUUAUGGAAACCUCCAGGGAAGACGCUUGCGCGACUCGACAAAGCGCCAGCCGUCCACAGUGCACCAAGGGAGCAGGCGUUGGGGGGCGCUGGCGUCGGAGCAGCCCCCGGGACCGCCGUUCCAGUCUUCGGGCUUGAAGCUGCCAGACACGAGUUGCCCACACGGCACCUCUCAAUCCACUUUCCUCACCGCCUUACUCCAUUGGGGGGAAGCACGCAGAGGAAGACGCUGCUGGGGGCGGCCUUCCGCCGCCUCUCCCUGCGUCCCAUGUACCACCUCUGCGGCGAGUCGUGGGGCUCCGCACAGAGUUGCCCGUCGGCCCGGUGCUUCCUCCGCAUCCCGCCGUCUCAGCCCUCCGCAGUGUUGACGCUACAAGUCUGA